AUGACGGAAGCAACUAUGGCAGUACAGACAUAUGGUCGUAAAAAAACCGCGACCGCUGUUGCUCAUUGCAAACGUGGCAAAGGCCUUAUUAAAAUUAACGGAUCACCUAUCCAUUUAGUUGAGCCAGAAAUUCUAAGAUUUAAGGUUUACGAACCUAUAUUACUUUUGGGACAAGAUCGAUUCGCUAAUGUAGAUAUCAGAGUUCGAGUAAAAGGUGGUGGACAUACAUCCCAGGUCUACGCUAUCCGUCAAGCAAUCGCUAAAGCAAUAGUUGCUUUCUAUCAAAAGUAUGUCGACGAAGCACAGAAAAAGGAAAUCAAGGAUAUUCUCAUCCAUUAUGAUAGAUCUUUGUUGGUUGCUGAUCCCCGUCGCUGUGAGCCAAAGAAAUUUGGAGGUCCAGGUGCCCGUGCACGGGAACGUCAUUUGGCGCGUUCUUCUGAGCCUUCAUUACUUUAUGACAAGAUAAAACCUUCAGAAUAUCUUAGACAGGUCGAUCCGUUAAAUUUAAAUUCAGCGAGACUUGCUUCGAAUAUUAUCAGCUUAUUACCUUCAAAAAGAAUAAAAGUACACGGUCGUAAUUAUUUAUUGAACGCGAAUAAGCCGUUAUUAACAUAUUUUUCUACUUGUGGUUCAAAGAAAAAGGAUAAAAAGAUGGAUGAACAACUAGCUUCAGAAAUGGCAGCAGCGAGAGUUAAUGAUACCAUAAUUCGUACAGCUGAUCAAGGCUCUUCACUGAGUUUUAGUCCGGUUACGCCGGUUCCUCAAGUUAAAGGAGCGGAUUUAGAGAAUAAUAAACUCGAUUCAUUUCGUAGCUUUGUAGCUUCAAUAGUUGCCAAAUUUUCUGGGAAAUCGGCCGAUGAUAUUAUAGGGAUAUUAGAAGUCCCCAAAAAACCGGAAUUUGGUGAUAUUGCUAUCGCCAUUCCUAGAUUGCGUAUAAAGGGCAAUCCAGCACAAAUAGCACAAAAAUGGAUCAACAAAUUACUCCUUGCUAAUGUGCUUCUUGAUGAUAUAUAUAAACGAAAAGAAAAGUACGGAAAUAAUCAAUCAGGAAUUGGCAAAACAGCCCUUGUAGAGUUUAGCAGUCCCAAUAUCGCAAAGCCAUUUCAUGCUGGUCAUUUGCGCAGUACGAUCAUUGGCAACUUUGUCAAAAAUGUACAUGACGCAAAUGGUUGGAAAACAAUCGGUAUGAAUUAUCUUGGAGAUUGGGGUAAACAAUAUGGCCUUUUAGCUGUUGGGUUUGAAAAACAUGGCUCUGAGGAGGAAUUGAUCAAGGAUCCUAUUAAGUAUUUAUAUGAUAUAUACGUGAAUGUUAAUAAAGAAAUUGAUAAGGAUGAAACAAUUAAUGAAAAUGCUCGUGCUUAUUUUAAAAAAAUGGAAGAUGGCGAUGAAGCAGCACUCGUAUUAUGGAAAAAGUUUAGAGAUCUGAGCAUUGAUAAAUAUAAGGAGAUAUAUGCUCGUCUUAACAUUAAUUUCGAUGUUUACUCUGGGGAAUCUCAAGUUAGCAAUGAAAGUAUGAAUCGUGCUAUGAAAGUACUAAAAGAUAAACACAUUAUAAAAGAAUCUGAGGGUGCAUUAAUUAUUGAUUUGAGUCAGUAUAAAAUGGAUGUUGCUGUUGUACAAAAGAAUGACGGCACCACAUUAUAUAUUACUAGAGAUAUUGGGGCUGCUAUGGAAAGAUAUGAGAAGUAUAAAUUUGAUGCAAUGUAUUAUAUUGUUGCUUCUCAGCAGGAUUUACAUUUAAAACAGCUCUUUAAGGUAUUAGAAUUAAUGGGCAUGGAGUGGGUAGAUCGAUGUAAACAUAUCAAUUUUGGUAUGGUUAAUGGGAUGAGUACUCGUAAAGGAACUGCAGUUUUCUUGGAUGAUAUCUUGGACCAAACCAAAGAAUCGAUGCAUGAAGUGAUGAGGCAAAAUGAAAAAAAAUAUUCACAAAUUGACAAUCCUGAUCAAGUAGCGGAUAUAAUUGGUAUUUCCGCUGUAAUGAUUCAGGACAUGUCUGCUAAAAGAAUUCGUAAUUACGCUUUCAAUUGGAAUCGCAUGUUUUCCUUUGAGGGGGAUACUGGACCUUAUCUUCAAUAUGCACACGCUCGUCUUUGUUCAAUUGAAAGAAACUGCGGAUUUGAAAUUAAUCCAAACAUUGAUAUUAGUCUACUUUCAACAAAACCGGCAUUGGACCUUAUUGAUACUAUUGCACAAUAUCCUGAUUUUGUCAAAGCGGCGUUAUACACAUUGGAACCUUGUACGAUUGUGACAUAUGCAAUGAAACUAAGUCACACUGUAUCUGUAGCUUUAGAAACUCUGUGGGUUGUUGGACAAGAACGUAAAGUAGCAGAAGCUAGAUUAUUAAUGUAUUGGGCUAGUCGAAUAACGCUUGGAAACGCCCUUAAAUUAUUGGGAUUAAAACCUUUAGAGAGAAUGUAA